AUCGUCACAAUAGACGAUAGAGUGGGAAUGCGCCCUUAGGGGCUGAAAUAUGAUCAAGUUGAGGCACUGGUUUUAUAUAUAAGCGACCACAACACAAUAAAUGCACCGUGUAUGAGCAACAUGAAAUUAAUUUUUAGCUGUGGCAGAAUUAAAAUUUUGUCAACUGUCAAAGUUUGACAGCGACAGCGUAUUCGCCAAUCAGUUUCAGAUUCAGAAUAAUUUAGAAAAUAAUUUGUGAUUUCAGUGCUGUUAUAUUUUUAUCAACAGUGCUGCGUAGAUAUCACAAAGGAUGCAGCAGCUAACAGUGUUUAUGGAUAUUGAGAGUUCGCGUUCGUACAUCGACGAGCUGUACUCCUCGAACCCUGAGAAGGUGAUGGAGGCUCUGGUGACACUGAAGAAUUCUGUGAUCGGCAGCAAUCGGCAAAAGAGUUCUGUGAUACAACAGGGAAUAGUACCAAGACUGUUGCAGUUAAUGACUGAUGAUGGGCUGGAUCCAAACAUAAGGCUUGAAGCAACCAUUACGAUCGGAUCCUUAGCAAAAGGCACUCCAGAAAACGUAGCCUCAUUAGUGGAACAUGGUACAACAAUAGUGCUAGUAGAGUUGCUCAAGGUGGUGCCGACGGGGACACGGCUGGCAGAGGCGUGCCUGUGUGCCUUACGGAGCAUCUUCCAACACCCCCCUGCACCUAUUGCUGCGCUACCAGCGGAUAUGAGACUCCUGACCAGGUUGACACAAAUAGCCCGAGAAGGGUCGCCCACAGCGCGCGCCUGCGUAGUCCGUAUUCUGUCGAUCUGGUGCGGCGGGCCGGUAGAGCAGGAGGCGCUGUGCGCGGCCGGCGCCUGCGCAGCCAUCGCCGCGCUGCUGGCCACCCGGGGCUUCUCCGCGCCGCCGCUGGCGAGGGCGCUACCUGCGUUGGACCUGCUCGCCGCUAUGUGCUUCGAGAACGCCAAUGUGUCUCAAGUUGCUCUCAAUACCAGGCACUGUGAGAAAACAAUACCAGAGCUACUUACAACACUCGUAUCGCGAGAUAAACCAUUGCCUGUAGCGAUGGGUGCCGCGCGUUGCCUCACCUUCAUACACAGAGCGGGUGCCUUGGCCUCCGAUGACAACAGAGUUGUUUUCGGAGCGCUGCCUUGCCUGGCCAGGCUUUGUACUAAGGAAAUGCCUGAAGACAUUAGAGCGACAGCAGCCGAAACACUAGCAUACUUAGCAGAGGUGGACACCUCUCUACAAAGGCUAGCUGCAAUAUCCAACCACCUGAUGAGUUCGCUCGCAGAGAUCGUCAACUGUCCGUCCGCGGCCGCCAAACAAGGCGCCUUCAAGUGUUUCGCGUCCCUCGGAGCUAAUGAUGAGGACAUCCGGAAGAGGAUUAUUGAAACACACGGACUCAUGGUGCACGUGGUCAACGGCAUGAACAAUCCCGAACCAUCGGUGAGGUUAGCGGCCGUUCGAUGUCUGCAUUCACUGUCAAGGUCAGUUCAGCAGUUACGGACCACGUUUCAGGACCACACAGUGUGGAGGCCGCUUAUGCAGCUACUGAAUGACUCGCCCGGUACGGAGCUGCUAACCGUGGGGUCUUCUACACUGUGCAAUCUGCUGCUGGAGUUCUCGCCCGCCAAAGAGCCCAUGUUAGACCAAGGUGCCGUAGAAAUGCUAUGUAAUCUAACUAAAAGACCCGAGGCAGCUUUAAGAUUAAAUGGAAUUUGGGCUCUCAUGAACAUGGCCUUUCAGGCGGAACAAAAAGUAAAGCAGCGCAUCCUAUGUUGCCUGGGCACGGAGCAGAUGUUCCGACUGCUGGGCGACGGCGACACGCGGGUCAUCAUGAAGACCCUGGGCUUGCUGCGGAACCUGCUCUCCACGAGGCAGCACAUUGACGCUAUCAUGGCGGAGUACUCCUCACAAGUCAUGCAGGCAGUGAUAGUUGUGCUGGAAGGCUCGUACCCCGCGGAAGUGAAGGAGCAAGCGCUGUGCAUCCUGGGCAACAUCGGCGACGGGGAGAAGGCGAAGGAUCUCAUUAUGGCCAAUGAAGAUGUGUUGAGGAAGCUCGUUGAUUAUCUGGCGCAUCCAGAAAGCAAGCUACAAGAGGCGGCAUUGUUCGUGGCGGGCAACUUGGUGUGGCGCGGCGAGGCGGGCGCGGCCGCGAGGCAGGCGCGCCUCGCCGACCUUGGUGUGCUGCGCGCGCUCAAGCUGCUACGCGCGAGGCACGACGCGCACCACCUGCACGAGAAAGUGAAAACCGCCCUCGCGCAAUUCAGCGACUUCACAUAAGGCGACCUUUGUAUAAAGUCAACACAAGUAAUGAAAACUGACUGCUUUCAUACAUCGCUUGUAAUUUAGUCGGGGACUGUGAGUUAUCGAGUCAUAACAGUUAUCUAAUGAAUAAUUCUACGUAAUGAUGCUAAGUAUUCAAAUGUAUAUAGCUAAGUUCGCUGUUAUCUCAAGUGAGGAAUGUUAUUGAAGUUAUUUAUUUUAGUUUUAUCAUGUUGAUGAUGACAGUCAUUCACUGUUCACACAUUCACUCUUGCUCAUUCUAGUUCUUUAGUUUUUCUUUUUUCUCGUAAUAUACUCAGAACCGCUAAAGCUGCAGGUACAUUACUAAGAUUUGGUGUGUUGCAACCACUGACCUCUGCUAAUACUUGUACGCUGGACCUGCGAUUGCCGACCUGUUUUUGAAUCUACUUGAUUUUCGCGAAUUUGGCGCUAAUAGCAGCAGUGAGCGUCAUGUGAGGAGACUUCUGUCAACAUGAAGACCAUUUGGCACAAAGUGUCAACUUUAAUUCCCGGUGGGACGCUUCAUAUUGGCACAGAAAAAUAACUGUCAUUUUGGCACACCUCUUCCAGCAUACUUGUAUAUGUACAUUUCAGUGGUUGCAACUUAUCUGGUACGACGAUUGACUAAUCAGAGCGCGCCUUGAGCGCAAGCGUAUCAGAACGCCACAACAUACAGGAACAGGUUAUGUGCAACAAGAAGAUCUUUGUUUGGACCGUCCGGGGAUCCAGCUGGGUGCUGGUCCAACCGUUGUAUAAUACGUAAAUUUCCAGAACGCAUCCGCCAUAUUUGCUCUGUAUCAACUGUCAUGUCAAGUACGGUUGACCCUUAGAUUAAGGACUAACGAAACGAAUAAAUUCGCAGAAGAACAAUAUCGACCGACAUAGCUCAAAGGAUUAGCAAGCUGAAGUGGCAAUGGGCAGGUUUGUCGUUGAACCUACGGCCGAUGGGCCAGACCUGUUCUCAAAUGGGAACGCGUACCGGUAAGCGCAUUGUGGGACGACCUCCAGCCCGCUCGACCGAUGACCUGAAGAAGGUAGUGGGGAGCGGGUGGAUGAGAAAGGUGGUAACGCGCUCUUGGAAAGGCCUGUCCAGCAAUGGACGCAUACAGGCCGAUGGAAUGAAUGGAAAAAAGGACUAAAGCCGGACUUUUGACAUAACAGUUGAAACAAAUAUGGCAAGCGCGUUCUCAAAAUGUAUGCACUAUAAUCUAAUCGUUUGUUAACCGUGUAAUUAGAAUGGUUGAUAACGAAUUUAUACUAUAACAACAUAUUUUCACUGUUUCAUGUAGAUCGUAUACACACGCAAAAUUUCUAUGGUUUGUAAAAAUAUAGUAAGAUUUUUGACGGUCGAUUCUUAUCCUUUAAGGGUCAGCGCAAAUCGGCGACGCACAGCGCAGAUCAUUUACUCACUGCCAACCCAUUAUCGACGUCUACAUUGAAAUAAUAUAGAAAAUCGAUUGACACUACAGGCAUAACGAAUAACUAAGUAGGUUUCUGCGGUAGUAGAGCGGAGCGGGAGGGAGUGAUGACGUGACACGAGAGCUCAGACAUUCGUCAAUUUAUGACAACUGUCAUCCCUCCCGCACCGUUCCUCUGCCGCAGGAGCCUACUCAGUUACCCGAGAGUAAAAGGGAUAGUCUGACUAGUUGUGUCAAUUCAUUUUCGAUAUUAUUUCAACGUAAGCAAUGUCGAUAAUGGGUCGGCAGUGAAAAAUGCUCUGUGCUACGCAUCGACAGAUGUGCGUCGGCCCUAACUUGAAACUUCAAAGCACUUUUUAAAGUGACCUUGAGAAUAUUUUGACGUUAGGAAAAUGUAGUUAAACUACUGUAUAGCUUAAUUUUUACGGCAUUUUUGGCUUAUCGACAAUAUAAAAUAAGUAUUGUAAUGAAAUUGAAAAGGUGAGGUACAGGAAUGUAAAGUGAUACGAAAGUGAUGUAGCUUUUGAUAAAUCAUGUAUGAAAUAAAAUAGAUGUAAUAUCUUACAACAUAACGUGAUAACGUGACCCGAAUCCAUGCAAAGUUUCCUAGCUCAUACAAAUACAGAUAAAAUUGACAAGUAUUUUGAGCCCUGGGGCUAGUAUAUUUUUUUUUACGUGUACUUUGAAGCCUGGUAUUCAGUUUGCAAGUAUAACUCACCUCUAAUCUGGAAAAUGGCUGGCUAGAUUGGAUGCGAAAAGUUGAGGAAAAGCUCUUAUGUCCAACAGUGGAUGUAUAUUGGCCGGCGAUGAUGCGUGUUUUAUGUUUCCACCCUUAAUUGUGGGUAUAGAAAUAGAACGUAGUUUUAUGAGUA